AGGGAGAGAGAUGGGCUGGAGAGAAGAACCUGCAGAGGAAGAAGGGUGGAGAAAUCAGCAGAGGAGUAACUCCUGGGUUCUUCUCACUUCACAAAAAGCCUCACUCGAAUCCCCCGACAGCACCAGAAAAAAAGGGAAUAACAUCUGUUUAUCUGCAUAUUUCUAUGUUCAAAAAACAAGAGGGAAAAACACAGAGAUCGACGGAGGACACGGAACAUCUCAGAGGAUGCGGAAUUAGAAAGAACAAAUUGCCACUGGAGGACAAAAGGGAAAGGAAACCUUUUCUAACAGAUCCACCAGUGUGGAGUCACCUCACCUGUACCUUCGGAUUAAAGAGCAGGGUCAUGUCCCAGUUGCCAUGCGCAUCGCCACGCUGACCUGCCUUCCCGGCCCCUCCCUCCUCUUUCUAUUGGCCCAGCUGCUGCUGCGGCUCCUCCUCCCUGGGCCGGAGUUAGUGGGAGCCGCCUCCACCUGCCCCUCCCUGUGCACCUGCUCCAACCAGGCCAGCCGAGUCAUCUGCACCAGGCAAAACCUGGAGGAGGUGCCAGAAAGCAUAUCAGUCAACACGCGAUACCUCAACCUGCAGGAGAACUCAAUACAGGUUAUCAAGUCGGACACAUUCAAGCACUUGAGGCACCUUGAAAUCCUCCAGCUGUCCAAGAAUCAGAUACGUCAGAUUGAAGUUGGAGCAUUCAAUGGCCUGCCCAACCUCAACACGCUGGAGCUCUUUGACAACCGCCUCACGCUGGUGCCAUCACAUGCCUUUGAGUACCUCAGCAAGCUGCGGGAGCUGUGGCUGCGCAACAACCCCAUCGAGACUCUGCCAGGCUAUGCCUUCCACCGUGUGCCCUCGCUACGUCGCCUGGACCUGGGUGAGCUCAAGAAGUUGGAUUUCAUCUCUGAUGCAGCGUUUGUUGGCCUCAUCAAUCUGCGGUACCUAAACCUGGGCAUGUGUGGGCUGAAAGACAUUCCCAAACUAACAGCCCUUGUACGCUUGGAAGAGCUGGAGCUGUCAGGAAAUAGGCUGGAGAUCAUCCGUCCCGGCUCCUUCCAAGGCUUGGUUUCUCUUCGCAAGCUGUGGCUAAUGCACUCACAGGUUUCCGUCAUUGAGCGCAAUGCCUUUGAUGACCUGAAAAACCUGGAAGAGCUCAACUUAUCCCAUAAUUCCCUCCACUCCUUGCCCCACGAUCUCUUCACACCCCUUCACCAGCUAGAGAGGGUACACCUUAACCACAACCCCUGGGUGUGCAACUGCGAUGUGCUUUGGCUUAGUUGGUGGUUGAAAGAGACGGUGCCGAGCAACACCACCUGCUGCGCUCGUUGCCAUGCUCCACCAUUCUUAAAAGGCAAAUACAUUGGAGAGCUUGACCAGAGCCACUUCACAUGCUAUGCGCCCGUCAUUGUGGAGCCACCUACAGACCUCAAUGUCACCGAGGGUAUGGCUGCCGAGCUGAAGUGUCGAACGAGCACAUCCACAACAUCCGUCAACUGGAUCACCCCUAAUGGCACUCUCAUGACCCACGGCUCCUACCGCGUGCGGAUAUCAGUCCUGCACGAUGGCACGCUCAACUUCACCAAUGUAACCCUGCGAGACACAGGCCAGUACACCUGCAUGGUGACUAACGCUGCUGGCAAUACCACUGCAACCGCUGUCCUCAACGUUACUGCUGCUGAUGUUAGUGUCAACUACACCUAUUUUACAACAGUUACUGUGGAAACUGUGGAUACUGUUGGAGGUAAUGAUUAUGCGUUGGUUGCCAUCAAUGAGACCUUCAUCCGUGUUCCACCUGGCCCCACUCCCUCUGAUUUGUGGCCAGACGGUGUUGCUACCACAGACUCCUCUCUGCCUAUCAGCUGGUCCUCCUCCUCUCCCCGCGCCACUCGACCCACCUUCACUGAGCCUAUCACGGACCCUACCUUAAUGGAUGAUGUGAUGAAGACCACCAAGAUCAUCAUUGGCUGCUUCGUAGCCAUUACCUUCAUGGCAGCCGUGAUGCUGGUGGUGUUCUACAAGCUUAGGAAGCAGCACCAGCUGCACAAACAUCACGGCCCUGCACGUGCCAUCGAGAUCAUCAAUGUGGAGGAUGAGCUCGGCGCUGGGGCCAGUGGCCGGGGCAGCGGCAUCUCAGGGGGAGCCACUGUUACACAGAGUGGAAGCAGUGGAAUUGGAGGUACCCAGAGCCUCAGGCUGCACCACCCAGAGAUAGUCAACCUGCCCAACCUGGCUCGAUCGGAGCACCUCAACCACUACUACAAAACUCAUCACUUCAACAACAACAUGAUGGGCCUGGGCAUGGGCACAGGAUCUGGUGUGGGCCUCAACAACAAUAACAACCCCUCACCAUGCUCUCAGUCACAGAACAUAUCCUGUUCCCAGAUUCCAACCUCCACUGGUGGGGGAACACCGACAGGUGGCACUCUGCCCUCCCCAGUGCCCCUUCCUCAACUGGGUCUCCACAGUUCUCUGAAAGGCCUGAUGGGGAAAGGCCAGAACGAGCCACUACUUUUUAAGAGUGGCUCCAAGGAAAAUGUGCAAGAGACUCAAAUCUGAGUGAAAGUGAGGGUAGAAGUAUGAGGUAAGAGGAAAGGGAUGCUGGAUAGUGACAGUGAUAUAGAAAGUACGCGAAUAUGUGAACUGACUGUAGCCUAUACCGUCCUCAUGGACGGUUUUCAGAAAAAAAAGAUGAAAUUUCUCAUAGUUGCUGCUUUGUAUUGUCAAUCUUGGCAGGUAGAAGCAGAUAGGAAGACUAAAGGAGACAGUACAGCAUCUGAUCAGUCCCACUAAUAGCAUCUGAACAUAACUUUACACUAAGUCAGACACCAACACAUGGAACGAUCACCACAAAAAUCACAGUAGCAACCCGCUAUAGUCUUUGCCAAAGUCCAAGAUCAAGCCAACUCUUAUCACCCAGUGGACAGCUAUGAACAGCAGCCUGUAUGUUUUUUACAGAUAGCUUCGUAUAUUUCCAGACACACUCAGUGUAUAUAUUUAGAGGGAGACAUAAUAUUGGCUACUGAACAUGUUUUCAGAUUAGUGUUUGGCAGAGACUCCGAAUAACAAACAAUGAUUUGGGUGAGCCGUGCUGUCCCAGGUUUCCAGGAAGCACUAAAAUACAGAGCAGAGCAGCGAUACUGUUCAGAACACACGUAUCAGACUAGUACUUUACAGGGAGAGAAAACAACAGCAAUUGUUUUUUCCGAGUGGUUUCACUUCUCUCUCACUUUUUUUCCCUUUCACACUUUACUGGCUACUGUCUUCUUUGAGGGUGGAAAGAAACAGAGUGGGCUAUCAUGGGAGAAGAGAAACCCCGUGGCAUGAAGGACAAAGAGUGAUAUAUUAAAACAAAAAGGACUAAAGUACAUAUUAUAUAUACCGUAAAUAUAUUUUCAUUCAAAGAAAUAAAUUCUAAAGAAUCUUUAUCAAGCUUCUGACUGAAAACUCCGACGUCUGAAGAAUAUAUUAAAAAGAAAAACACACACACAGUUGUUUUAGUGCCCCCCACCCCACUGCCCUCCCCCCCUCCCCUUACUACUUCCCUCAACUUGGAACAAAAUGGCCACUCUGACUGUGCCGCAUACGGACACGUGGGAGAGUGGGGGAAAAAAAAACAACAAAAAAAAGCAAAACAGACAAAGUGUUUGAGUGAAUUUAUUUUGGUCUUGACUUUUUUGUAGCCACAGAGCGUGUUUUCCCCUCUCCUGUCGCAUUCACAUAAACAGGGUCACCGGAGAAGGGACGUGUUUAUGCUCUACUGCGAAAAUAUGAAAUACGACAACGGCUCUCCAUCGUUUGGUACAGCUACAGCCUAGCGGGAGUGUUAAUAAUAAUAAUCGGAACGGUAAUAAUGAUAACAAGGUUUAGCUUUAUUUGUCAUAAUGAACGUUUAAUGAUUAGCACAUGAAAUGACACAAAAUGUUGCACAUGCUGAUUUAGCAUGCUCUACAGACGUCUCCAGAUUUGAUUUCAGUCUAUCAUUUGAGAUUUAUCCAAGGGAUUAUGUUAUCAUUAUUAGCAUUCAUGCGACUAUUAUUAUUACUACUUGUGCCUACAAAUAACUGAAAAGUACUUUUUUUUUCAUUUGUAUAUGACGCUGAAGUUGUUUAUGACUGAUCCUGUUGGACUUCGGCUAAUGAACAGCGGCAGGACGGCGUGCCACUACUCCACAUGCAUCAGCAGGAAAUAACUUGGCCCCCUCUAAAUGGCUUCCUCAGUCCAGUUCUCACCAACUCCUCCAACUGUCUCAAGCAGUCAGGAACCUUCAUGUUUGUCACGCGCUAAAGACAGGACACGAACCUUUGACGAAGACUGCAUCUUUGCAGAGGAUUAUCUCGCAACUGUAUCUCAGUGUUAUCGUGUGUGAGUGGAUUUCAUGGCAGCAGGGAACUACUAAAUGGACGACAGGCAUUGCCAAGCAUUUCUAAAGGUAAGCGAUGCUCGUUCAGUGAAGAGGAAGGAAGUGACGUGCAGUACAGGAAACAGAGAUGGGGGGAAUUUUUUUCUAAAGAAAAAGUACAAUUAAAUGAAAAAAAAUAUAGAACCUUAUAGAUCUCUUUUAAAAAAAAAAAGGAAACAAAACUAUUAUAAUAAGUGUUUUUCAUUUUGGGUUUUUAUCUAGUUUGAUUUUUUUUGUUUUAUUUUUAAAUCAAGUGUUAUCUUUAUUGUAAUAUUGUUAUUGUUAUUAUAAUUAGCUAAUUACACUGGUUAUAAUUAUGAGAGAUGUUCUGUUAGCAGAGGUCACUUUUAAAAUUAAAAAAAACUGGCACAUAAAAUGGCAGUGGAAGUCUGUGAAAUUUGGUGGCUAUAUAUUUUUUUUCUCCUUUAUGUUACAAUCAACUUUAAUUGUAGUAUCACUGUUUGUGUCCCUUUGGCUCUUCUUGAGAUGAGACAUAGCGAAUGUGAAAUGGUCAGCACUGGGUCCUUUUAUUUUCUGCACAGGGGGACAGGAAAGGCCCUGCUCCGGUUUACAAGCUCAAUCACACUCGCUCUGUACUUUUCGUGAAUGUCAUCACCAUCACAGUGCUCAGAGUGCGAUUGCGCUAUGUCAACACCUCAUUGCCAUGACUACACCCUCAGACUAAUGCGCCAAACGCCGUCAGCAUCGGCGCCUCGUAAGGCAGCCGGUCGCCCUCCCCCUCUCCUGUCAGUCUCGUUCCUUUUGAGGUGCCAUAUCUCAACGAGCCGGCCAGUGUUCCUUCAGUGGUAGCAAAUCAACCUGAGCAUUGUGCCCAUGUCCUCACAUAAAACUCCCUCCACCCUCCAACCCUCAGCAUCUUGCCAUCAGGUUUCCCUGGCAACUGUUGCUGCUGCGACAGCCCUUAUCACAGCGUCUUGAUUUGGGUUUCGAAUGCUAAACAGACGAGAGCAGAGGGUAUAGAACUCCUCUUUUUUUUUCCAUGCCAAGUAAUUCACCCCGGUAAUGUUCCUCGUUAAUGUGUUUGGUUUGUUUACACCAGCAACUAUACUUCUCACGCCGCUGACUUUCUCAUAGUGAAUCAUACGAUUUACAUGCCACUCUCCCCUAUGUGUUUAAUUUGCAUAGGCCACCACAUUUAUGCACCCAGCACUUGUGAUUAACACUCAUACCCUGCAUCUCUCAUUAACAUAUUCCUUCCCAAGCACAAGGGAUCCAUAUUCUGCUCACAAGUUAUUUACAUAUUCAUCUGGCUCUGUGUGUGCAAAUAACAGUGAAAUUAUCAUGUGGGCAUGCUGGUGGGUAAGAGUGUGGUGUGUGUGUGCGUGCGCCAGGUUUGUGGCUGAAAGCAAGGACUGUUACAAAAGCUAUUUCCCCCUAAUUCUUCAAAUACUGCGUGCCCUGCCUAUCGCCUGUGGUAGCUCGCCACUUUGGAAAGCGCUGCGUAGCCCCUAUAGCUCCUGUGAAGUGGCACAAACCAGAGGCCAUGUUAUUGAGGCUCGGUGUUAGAGAGAGAGCAGCGGUUGAGCUGGAGACACACAGUCACAGUGCUGCAGUGUCUGAGUCACAGAGCACUGAACACACUCCCAACAAUCUAAUGGAAAUGCUGUGUUUACUGUGCAGGAAGGGACCCGCUCAUUCACCCAUUCGGGGAAUAGGUGAAAAACACCAGAAUAUGUGCGCGUGUGAGUCCAAGCUUGAGUGCGUUUAGUGCAUGUGCAGCUCUGGAUUAUAAAAUGCCCGUUGUACUGUUGUAUAAGGCAAGGAAAUCAGGACAUUUGAAGCGGUACGCUGUUUAUGGCAAGAGAUGUUACACCAUUGUUGAUGCAGCGCUGCUCGGUGUGUGCGCUCCUGCACAGGUGCGUGCGUGCUCAGGUGGGCUUUUGCUAGCUCGGUUGUGUAAAGAGGGGAAGAGGGAGGAGGGGCGGUAAGACCUCCAUUUUAAAUCCCCAGUUUAAACCAGCUCUGUCUGUCUCCCUCUGCUUCAGGCAACUUUUAUGAUCCUCUCACUGACACUUAAAGUAAAAAUACAUUUUUUAAUUUAUUUUUUGCGUAAGCAGCCCCCCCCCCUCUCUGUCUCUCUUUCUCUGCAUAGUAGGAGUGAUGAAACAUCCUCUCGAUCGGGGCGACCUCCUCUUUCACCAAAUCCUCAUCGUCUUUUUAGCUCCCUGUCAAGUUCGGGGUCAAGGGUCAAGAUGAGCAGCAAUUUAUGUUUACCUCACACCUUUAGCCAGCUAAUGAAGGUUAGCGUUUUGGAUUGUGCCAUUUAUUUUUAUUGUUUCGCCCUGGCUCAGGGAAACGCCUGUUGGCGAAGCUUAAGUGAUUUUUAAUGUGCAUUUUCAGUGGCUGUUUUUGUGGUUAAUCACCUUGACGGUGAUGUGACUAGUCAUAACAGUAAUGCUGCACAUGAAGUGAUUUUUGGGCAGCUCGCUUGCGGUGGGUGAGGUUUGCGUAGUUGCAGAUGGGAGGACACUGGUUCAAUCUGCCGCUUGUUGCGACCAGCACUGUUUGAAAACACGGCCUGUCCCCGAGGGCAGCCCUGCACACAUGUUAACCUCAGCACUACAAGCCCCGUGUGAGCACCACGCUGCCUCAUUUCUUUUUAUCAACCCCCCCCCCCCCCCCCCACCACCCCCACCCCUUUAAAAUAGCAGAGAAGUGACAGCCGAACUCAAUGCAUUAUUGAUACACAGGGUGUCAAUGAUGCAUGUGCAGUCACCAGUGCUAAUUUUCUCCACAUUGCAGAGGCCAAAAGCAUCAAACGGGUUGUAAUUUAUAUGCAUCGUUAUUGCUAUUAUUUUUCACACGGCCAUCAAGACGGUCCACGGGAGCCAAAUGUUGCAGCUUGUCUCCUCACAUGAUGAGUGCUGCGAUUCUAAUAAGUGCAGCAGUGUUUUGUGUGCCACUGUGUCACCGAGCCAGCCCCCCCACACCGUUCCACUCCACCAUCCCAGCAGCAGCAGCCCUGUCUCGCUAUGCUGGCUUUAUCGCCGUCACACUGGUCUAAGGCCGAUUUGAUGGCACCAGUUUUCAGAUGCCCGGGUCACCGUGUUCAGUCACAUUACGAGAGAACUGAGGAACUUUUUUUGUCACUGCGAUGCUUUUUUUCCUGCCAGAGCUUGAGAUGAGAUGUGCACAGACAUUUUUUCUGUGUCAUCACUGUGAAAACCCUGCUCUGCAGCCACUUAUCAAACCUGACCGUGCACAUGGGUACUUAUACAUUUAAGAACCGCGUGCACACACACACCAGGGCACGCGCGCCCUCUUGACACUGACUGAAGGAGUGAUUUAUUGAUUGAGGUGCAGCUUUCUUAAACAAUUUGCAGCUGAGUGCAGCGAAGGUUAAUGCAAACCUCUGAACUGCUGCCAUCAUGCUUCAGUCCACACGUGUGUGUUUUACAUCCUGUGAAGGUGUCCUUAAUUUGAGAGUGGCUGGGACAUUAGCGCAUGGCUUAUUUCCUCGUUGCCUUGGAAACUAUGGCGCCGGGCGCAAGAUGUCCAUUUUGGCCGUCUUGUGAGCUUUGAGCUGUGUGGAGUCAGAGAGGGCUGUCAGAGUGUGUGGGCCGUGACGUGAGAGUGAUGAGUGGUGUUUCAUCCCAGAUGACUAUCUCCUCUGUGUCACUCAGCUGUGGGUCAGAGGGCCGCUGAGCUGCAGCUCAGAGGAAAACUGAGAAAAAUCCACAGAGUUGCUGUGAAUAGCAAAAUGGGACACGCUCGCAGCCCAUGUAAUUGUAAAGUACCGAUUAAUGGGAAUCGUAAAGCUGGAGCGCUGCUUAACACAGAGCUUCUCAUGAAUGCUUCAUAAAGGAGAAUAUCAGCGUUGUCGUGUGAAAACCUUCCAACUGCAGUUUUGAACAUCAGUGGAGUGAUUAUAUUUUAGUAUUUGUUCUUAGGCGCUACAGGCCGGUUUGGAAGUGAAACCUUUUCAGAACUCCAUAGGGUAGACUUUAAAAAAAAAAAUCUUGGUGUGACAAGUUCAAAAGAGGCCCUUUCUUUCUUAGAUCCUGAAAAGCUGACAUUUGGGGCUGUGGAAGGUUUUCAUCUGACAGCGACCAUAUUGCACUUUCAAAUACAGAUUUGUGUUUUGUGAACAAUCUGGGAUGUUGCGGCUCGUGUUGGGAUUUGGAAACUUCUGGAGAGACUUCAUGCCCUCGAGCGCUGUGGAAAACUCCCCUCCUGUUUUGUGAUGAGCGCCGACUCGGGGACUUGUGUUGUGGCCUGAACAAGCUCGUAACUAUUAAAGGAUGUGCUGACCUAGCAGCUGUGGUCCUCUCAGCGGACAUGCUUACAGUUAAGUUUCCGAACGCAUAUUCCCUGCUAUCCACAGCAGUCUAGCUUCCAGAUUUACUGUUUCUGGGAGCCUUGGCUCGGCAUCAUAUUCGCACUCUGGUGUGUGUGUGUGUGAUGUUUGUUUGAAGCUGGGCAGGGGCCACGGAGUACAUUUCAAUGCUUUGAAGUGUAAAUUCAGGUCUGGUUGGAGCACCUCAUGGAGGGCAGGGAAGAGAUAGCGACAGCCAUAUGUAUGUAGGCUGGUGGUUUGAUAAUGGAGUUGUCUAACCGCUUAUUUGUCUACUGAGGCAACAGAGCCCCCAGAGGACAUGAGGUCAAACCCUCACUGGAUGUCAACUCAGUGUCAAGUCAGACGGUGUCUGGUCUCGGAGAGGUGAAACUAGAGUAGAAAUCAGCGCUGACCCAGUUAAGGCUUCCCCGGCUGAGCUUUGAAUCAGACCUGGUACAUCCUCUCAAGUUUAGAAAAAGCUGAAGCGGUUGUAAACAGUCAUCAAUAUGAAAUAAACUUUUACUGGAGAUAUUGAUUUUUCUUUACCCUUUUUUGUCUCCACCCCCUCAUGUCAGCCAGUGAGGCAUGCUGCUUCUCUCAUUGGUGCUGAUUUAUUUAUCCGGUCUGGCCCUUAGUACCCUCAUUUCAUGUCUGCUCUCAUUUCUGCUCGCAGUCUAUGUGACACCAACCUUUCAAGUUAUAUUUUUAACCCUGAUGCUCGAGAACGGCUACGAGCGACGUUCGACGGGCACCGCAGUGGCCUCGAUUGUGCUCAAGCUGCGGCGUUUUCUGUGCGUCCCGUCAUGCCAGUGCCACAUUCGGUAGAGCCUGCUUACCACGCAACAGCUUCUGUCGCCUCUGGCUUCCCCACCCUCUGAGCCCAAAGGAAAUAGAGUGACGAGGGAGGACAGGGUAGACAGAAAUAGAGAAAGCGAAAGGAGAGAUAGACUGCAAAGGGACGAGGAUGACAGGAGGAAUGAAAGCUGACAAUGAGAGACAUCCUGUCACUCCAUAUCUGUACAGUUUUUUUACUCUACAUGUGCGAGUGUGUUUGCAUGCGUGUGCACCAGUGUAAGGCUCCAGCUCAGUGUGCGCUUGUGUAAUAGCCGCAUGAGUGGCAUAAGUAUGCAUAUUUAUGCAUACGUCCGAGUGGGCUGCGUGCGUGCUUGUGUGCACUCGAGUGCGCACGGUAUCCGUGUUUGUGUAUCUGUGUGCGGCAGAGAUAAAGACAUGAAGGAGGAAGGGCCGCUGUGGUGCUUAUAUGUCACCCAGCGCCAGAGGGGAAAUGACUCCUUUCUGUCCCCGACCCAAGGGAGGCAGAGGAGGAGCACGGCUGACUUCUCCUGCUUCUCUGCCUUUUCUCACCCUCUCCUUAAGAAAUGUAGCUAAAGCCUCAGUCACAGCCUCUCCCCCCUCUCUCUCCCUCUGAGUCACACACACACACACACUCGUAUGCUUGCUUGCUCACAGGAGUACGUCUUACAUUAUCCCCCCUUUCUUCCCCUCAUGCUUCUCAUCCCCUUAACCCUUCUGUUCUCCUCCUCCGCUCUUCUCUAUCUACCUCAUAUUUGGUGUUUCACCCCACCCACCUUCUCCUACUGCCAUUUUCCACCCCCCCCUGCAGCUAGAUGUUGUGAUUCUGCAUUAACCCCUUAAUCCUCCCAUACAUAAACAAGUACACGCGCAGUCGUGCUCCAGGUUAGCCCCCCUGCACCACUCCAAUCCUCUCUCAGGAAAAUGGAAAACAAACCCACAACAAACCAAGGCUUCUGAUAUUUCCUUCCCUCUGUUCAAUUAAACAUGGCCUCCAUCUGCUUCUUUGUUUCUCUUCAGCUUUUCUUCUGCAAUAUUGACUAUGGUUGUUCUUGUGAUUGUUUUUAAGACUGUGUUUUAACCUGUUAUAACCAGAGAUGUGCAUAUUAACACUGGAGGAACAUGUCACAGGGGUGUGUGCGCGCGUGUGUGUGUGUGUGUGUGAGAGAGAGAGAUGGUGUGUGUGGAGAACGGUGGAUUUGUUCUGCUUCAAGGUUCUGUGCCAAAUCUUUUUCAGAACAUUCGAUCUCUGUUCAUGUGCCAUACUGAGAAAUUUAUGAAAUAAAAAUAACGUUUUUUC